AUGGGUGUACUUGAAUUGCGCAAGGCGAUGUUGCACGCUGUUCGAGGCCGAACCCCGAGUCUACGUGACGUUGUUGAUGGAAAAGUUAAAGGAGAAGUUGGCACCUUCUUGAAGAAGUCCAAUGAAGAAGGAGUCGAAGGUGUGUUUCACAACGGCUUCGGAGACCUUGCAAUAUUUUUUCAGAUGAAGCUUUAUCACAACGCAACUCCGAAGGAGAUCAAAGAUUGGCUCGAGAAGGCCCACACCCGUGCCCAAGCAUUAGGGUACAAAGAAGGGACCUACAUUGUGCAGCUUUUUGUGACAGGUACAAUCAAUGCCAAUGUCCCGAAGUACCAAAACAACUGGCCGCAGAACAGCAUGGUGUUUGCCGACAACGCGAUUCAGCAUCUCUUCAAGCCGUUUGGCGAAGGUUUGUUCGUGGAAAUGGCGAGAAGACGUCGGCGUGAGAAUUGA